AUGGAGCGGAUGGACACCAGCGACGACGACGACUUUCGAGCCAAAUCAGACGCCUUCGUCAACUGGCUGCAACACAGAGGAGCGACCAUUUCGAACAAGAUCCAACUGGCGGACCUGCGCGCUCAGAAUGCUGGCAGAGGUGUCGGUACGGCUCUUUUUCACGAAUGUGACAAUCGAUCAUAUGAUGAGAUGCUCUGACCAGCAACAUAGUUGCCACGGAAGACCUGGCCGAAGACGAAGAGCUGUUCAGCAUACCCCGUUCAUCGAUUUUGACCCUGGAGACAACAACGAUUCCGGAGAACAUUCGGAAAGAAAUCCUCAAGGGCAAUGAUGACCCAUGGCUGUCCCUUAUCGUGGGCAUGGUGCUUGAAUAUCUCAAAGGCUCAGACUCUCCGUGGAAGCCGUAUUUCGACAUCCUGCCCGAAAAUUUCGACACGUUAAUGUUCUGGAACGACACAGAAUUGGAGUACCUUGAGGGCAGCACGGUCGUGAACAAGAUUGGCAAAGACGGAGCAGAUUCUACAUUCGAAGAGCAGUUGAUACCGACUAUCGCACAAAUAGCGGCAUCUCUACAACUGUCCAAUGCUCGGUCUACACCAGAGCUGAUGGCGCUUUGUCACAGAAUGGGAAGCACAAUCAUGGCAUAUGCAUUCGAUCUCGAGAAGCCCUCAGAUCAGACCAAGAAUGAAGAAGACGGCUGGGAAGAAGACGAGGAAGAGCAAGAAAUAUUGCCGAAGGGCAUGGUGCCCAUGGCUGACAUGCUAAAUGCCGAUGCGGACCGGAACAAUGCCAAGCUUUUCUACGAGGAUGACAAAGUUGUCAUGAAGGUCAUCAAGCCCGUCAAGUCAGGCGAAGAGCUGUUCAACGACUUCGGCAACCUACCAAGAGCGGAUUUGCUUAGGCGAUACGGCUACGUGACUGACAAGUACGCUAAGUACGACGUCGUCGAGAUACCAUCGGAUAUGAUCAAAGAGCAAGCCCAGAACCAGCUGAAAUUGCCGACGAAAGAACUCAACGAGAGAUGGAAAUACCUGGACCAGCAAGGAGUCAUUGACGACGGAUACGACGUUUCUCGUGCAGGAAGCGAAGAGGGACAGUUUUCAGAUGAGCUCUGCGUGUUACUCAAUGCAUUGGCCGCUCCGAAAGCCGACUUCGAGAAGCUCAUGAAGAAGGACAAGCUACCCAACACAGACCUCGCCGCUGAAGCCAAGGCUUUUCUUCGAAGCGUCCUCGUCCAUCGAUAUGCGAUGUAUCGAACGCCCACGGAGCCAGCACCAUCCGUGGAAAACAAGCUCCAUUUCGACAUGGCAGUGCAAGUCAUCGAAGGUGAGAAGCAGGUGCUUCGCGAAGCCAUAGAGCGCCUCACCCCUGCCAGUAAGCACCUCAAGAAGAGAGCGGCCGAUACGCUGGAAGACGAAGCAGCCGACAUACGAAAGCCAACGAAGAAAUGA